AUCGAGGUGCCGCCGCGAGCUCGCGCCUACCUGCGCGGGGAAAGGCCGUCUGCGCGGCGCGGCGCGGCGCUUGGGCCUGCUUCCCAACCACGACUACCGCCGCUCCGGCAGCAUCUGCGAUGCCCAUCAAGCCAAGCCCGUCGCCCGCACGCAGCAGCGCUGCUCCGUCGCACGCGGCGGCAACGGCGUCACGCUCUUCCGUCUCUGCGCACUCAUGUCGCUCUGAGCUGAGCUCGGCAUCGCUGCCCAAGCGCGCGGAGCGCAAAGAGAGCGCCGCAGCGUCGGAGCGCGCCGAGAGCGCUGCGGCGCGGCUCUGCAAGCGAGACGAGAGCGCUGCGCCGUCAGAUGUUGGCGCCGCAUUGCCAGCGCUUGCACGGGCGUCGUCGGCUGCUCCGUCAGGGGCACGGUCGCCGUCAGCCGCGCCCCGGUCAGGCGCAAGCUCGCCGCUGCUGCCUACGGCUGUCAUCGGCCCUGCCUCCAGCUCGCCAUUGGCCUCGCCCAGCGUCAAGAAGUCCGGAUCACGGGCACCAACGCCAGUGGUGAUUGCGCCGCCGCCGCCGCCUGUGCGUCGCUCUCAUCGCGCUCGUCACUCGCAGCGCGAGAUCUCCGUCAUCAGCUUGCUCGACGACGACGAGCCUGAGGAUGUGAAGCCGUCAGCGACGGCACACGGCAAGAAGCGACAGCGCUCGAGAGCCAGCAGCAGCGACGGCAGCUACACGAAUGACGAGACGCCUGCGCCAAAACGACGGCAAAGGCAGCUGCGUCGCUCGCGUCGCUCGACAAAUUCCAUCAUUCAGCCGCUGUCUGACGAGGAAGAGGACGAGCUCAAGGACAGCGGCAACGAGGCAGCGCCGCCGCCCGCGGCAGCACUGAAGCGGAAGCCGGGGCCCGCAGAGCAACAGCGGAUGAAAGCCGAAGUUGCCGAGUUUGACGAGGGGUGGGACGAGGAGAGGCUGCUCUCCGAGACGGACGACGACGGCGUCGCUGCUGCUGCAGACGCAGAGGAGACUCAGCCGAAGAAGACGGCACCGACGACGACGACGGCGGCAGCUCCGUACAGCCAUCUAACGGCAAGAAGCCAGCAGCAAAGCCGUAUCCGCCCGAGAAGGCUCAUCUGCUCGUCAAGGCCGUCGGAAAGCACCCCGAGCUCGUUCGCUUCAUCAACAACCGCAACGAGCCGAUGACUGCGGAGAUCCGCCAGAAGAUCCACCGCAUCGAGCAGAAGACGUGGCCCGAGAGAGUCAGCAAGCCACAUGGGCCGGCGUACCGACUGCGCUACCGCAUAGCCACUCGCUUCUUUGCGUUCGGGGGGCGCUUCGGCAUCCAUCUGCUCUCUCGCCCGCUGAAAGAGUGGCCAAAGCGCGAGCAGCGCGAGAUGCGCGAGAUCAUGGUGAAGCACCUCCUUCCGUGGUGGGAAGACUUCCAGCGCCUGUUUGCGCUGGUGCCCGGCGGCGUCUAUUAUCAGAGGUCGGCGCCGCCCAUCGCAGGACCUUCGAACGCGAAAGGCGCAGCGCAGACGACGUCAAGCCGUGCGAUGUCUCCGACGUCAGCAGUCA